AUCCGGGUAACGGUGGUGACCUUGGUUGGUUGUUCAUCAUGGCGGCUAUCGUCAGGUUGAGUUCUGUAUGUCGCAGAGGAGUCAAACGUAAGUUUAUCCCUAUAUUCUUUGUCUUCCUGUCUCUUUUUUACAGCAUAUGUUUACUUUAAUGUUUUAGUUUGGCACUGACAUGACAGUAAGUGGGUAGCAUUAACCGCGUGUGAAUAAACCCUGACAGUUGGAGAGUACUCCUUUCAAGUUCAGGACUCUGAGCCUCCCUUAGAUAAACUCGUCCUGAUUCUCUGACCGGGUUUAUUCUCUAUUAACAUUAGCUGACGUCUGUCGGAGUGAAGAGUAAUAUCAGAGGGUUCAAAGAUAGAUUUCACUGAGGAAGGAUUGAAUUUUGCUGCCCCCAUGACAUCAGUGUGUCCGGUCGUGACGUUUUUACCCUCAUGAUAAGAGACCUACAGACCGAACCUUGUUCAGAAAUAUGUUGAUUUUAACUUUACACGGACAUUUCGCAUUAAAAUACCAACUUAAAAGUAAUCGGAGACAUGUCAGGAGGUGACAAUGGUUUCUAUGUAAUCCGGCUAGUUUUAUCCUUACCAUUGGGCACAGCAGCUUCGUUAUUUAAAGUUCAUGCUAGGUAAAGUCUGCUCGCCACCGCCCUCGUUUGACUGAACGGGUGGAAACCAUGAAUCUGCUCUGUGGAAUUUUUCCUUCCCUCUUUGGGGUUGUGAUUUAUUUCAAGAUUACUAUCUGACUUUUUGUCGGUUUUGACGUAUUACGGGCACGAGUCUAUGAUUGAUAUUGAGUUUAACGCAGAAACCUGAGGAAAAACUGCUAAGUUCUGACACAUGUCAUGGAUAAUUUAAGAGCAGCAGUAAUCAUACAUUUUCAUGAUCUGUAGCACAAAGCCCCACUUAUUCUUAAUGUUGCUCAGUUUACAUGGGCACAAUUUCUUGAUCCGAUUAUAAAUUGGAGGGAUCGGGUAAUCUGAAUCCACUGUCAACAGACCAAUAAACGCGCUAGUGGCUCACUUCAUCCAGUUCGGGAGUUUUCCACCUGUUGUCACUAGAUGGCGCCCUCGCGUAGUUACUUAACUAAUAUUGGUUCUUUCAAAGGUUGUACUGUGCGUGCAGAUGUGACAUCAUUACGCCGUACGCCUUCUUAUGUCACCAGAGGGGCAGACCCCGCGCCUGCGGUUAUGUUUUAUGCCAGUGUGUUAAUAACGAAACCUCCUGUACUGGCCUCAAUAAAUAAACCAAAGGCUAAAGAGAGAAGACCGAGUCAGGUUAGAGAGUCACAAUCGGAAUAAAUGUUUGCAUUGACGCGUUUCGGAAUAACGAUCAGCAUAAACCACUCCUCUCGAUCAUAAUACAAUUUCUUUCCGAUUGAGCUGAAUUGAAUCAUAAUCUUCCGAUCACAUGUUUACAAGAUGCAUUUUUAAUUCCGAUCGGGCAUGUAUUCCGAUUAUUUGUGCCCAUGUUAAAGCAGUUACUGUUCCAUUUGCCUGCACUGAGCAGGGAAAAGGGGGGUUUGUCUUCUCUGCCCCGUCUACAUGGAACCUGUUGCAAAUAGACUGGAAACUAACAGAAUUUACCUCAUUGAAUGACUUUAAAUCCAGACUGAGAGCGCUUUAGACAGCCUCCUUAACCUGUAAUUGAUUUAUCUAAUUUGUAUGCCAUUUUAAUUGUGUUUAAACUAUAAGUUUUUACUGCCUCUUGGUCAGGACUCCCUCUAAAAAGAGGUUUUUAAUUUCAAUGGGGCAUUCUUGGUUAAAUAAAGGUUAAAAAAAUCUUGUUUUUGUGUUUCGCUAUGAUAGUAUAGAAAAUAUUUUGCCACAAUAUUCAGUUAUGAUUUUUAUGAUCUGCAGUACAAGGGGAUACUUUCCCCCUUCCUUAUCAUUGUGAUUUUCAAUGUCAUUUAAGGUCAUAUUUCAAAAUCUGUCUGACACUUGUUUGAGAUAACAUGGUCAUUAAACUCAAAUGGGCGUGGAAUGGGGUUAGUAAAUUGUAACAAUAUAUAAAAUGCAAGUAAUAAUUGGCACUAUACAGGCCAAUCAGCUGAUCUGCCCUGUAAAUAUCAGCAUUGAUAUUGGUCAUUGAAAAACCUAUAUCAGUCCACCACUAUUUUAGUAGUUUGUAAUAAUACUGCUAUUAAAAAAAAUGUUGCUACAUUGUUAAGUUGUGUAUUGUGUUAAGGUAUGCUACUAUUCUCAUUUUUUAAUCAAUAUUAUAGUUUGCAACCAACUUUUACCUUCUUUAUUAUUUAAUCACUCCCUCAUUUUAAAGCACCUGUAAUGAGUUUUUAACUGGCUAUGAAACAGGUUGAAAUUUAAAGCAAGUCAGACUAUCAGCAUCCACAACACAUCAUAAAUUCUUACAGCACAGUUUGUAAGCUGGCCAUGUACGUAAGGAGUCAGGUGUGAUACCAGAUGAUUGACAGCACACUAUAGAGCUAAACCCCUCAAUCAGCGUAGAGGGACGAUGUCAGUCUUUGUUCAAAGGGUCUGCCUAAAUUAGCAUUUAAACCUAAAGUUCUGUCCAGGAGCUUUAACAUUAAAUGAAUAUGGCAGAGAGUUGAAAAAUGGUUAUCACUAAAGUUUAAACCUUAUGUCUCCAUAUUGUGUUAAAUGUCAAACCAUCAGCUCUAGUCACAAUUUUUAUUCAUGAAAUGUAAAAAGGCAAGUUAUCUCAGCUUGAAGGAAGUCUGAACUAUUAAAUGUCCGAUGUUUUUUUCCUAUGAGAGACAGCUGAAAGAUUCUUCUUCAAUAAAAAUAUUUGCAUUUAAUCAUCUUAAGAUCAACAAAUCACUGCAACUGUAGAUGAGUUUAUAACAGCUCCUUCGAUGUAAGCCGUGGUCAAGUUGUAUAUACCCAGCCCUUUUGGUAAACACUCUUUUCUUCUGUUUUGUUUGUUUGUUUGUUUUUUUCAGCUCUGUUUUACCAAAGCACUCUACUGGCCAGACCGCUAGUUGUUCCAUACAAAAACCAGGAGCAGCCCUACCAGCUGACAGCGAGGAUUCAUUCAUCACAGGCUCUUUACGGUCAGUGUUGUCAUGGAAAUAACAAACAGCUGAAAUGAGUUUACAGAAGAACUGAAACGAGUCCGACCGCAUGCCGGUUCAACUGCUCUGACUGCACUCUUGACACCCUCUGUACUCUUGAACUGGUUAAUACUACAACACCUGUCAGAGGAAUCAUUGUAGCUGGUGUCUGACUCAUUUAGAGUAUCUUUCCACAACGUAACAUGUAUGCAUCUGAUAAGAAGAAAAGGUAAAAGUCCAGCAUACUGGGGACACUGGGUGCAGAGAGCAUGCGGAUUUAACACCACUGAACAGAAACUGUGUUUUAAUUACCUCGUCAAAGAUUUUUUGAUUACCUUCUAGCAAUCAUAAUAACAGCUGUGUUGUCCUUUUGCAGAGUGACAUGUUUACGUACGCCCUGUUUAUUCAGCCCUACAUGUCAGCAGACCGCUUUUGCAUGGAUGAUUUAUGACUGGUGGUUUGUGGUCCAGAUUUAGCACCACAACUGCUAAUAGUGGUGUCAGUAUUUUGACACCAGAUCAUACAAGGCCGGUCCAAAACGAGCCUGUUUGCCCCCCUCAUUUUCAGGUUAGUGGGUCAUAUACUUUGUGAGGCAGAGGUAGAGCCUUUUUUUUUCUAGUGCCAACUAUAAGCAAAAUAUCAAAAGUGUAUUUAGGUUAGACGGGUACUUAUUUAAAAUUGUUGUUAUGAGUUUAUUUUUUUAGCUGUUUAUGAAACAGACCAUCAAGCCUCUUUAUGUGAUAUAAAAAGAAAAGAUAAGAGGCAUCAAUUUGUGUAGAGGGGUUACCAAAUCUGACACAAACUGCGCCAUGAGACAGAAGGACUAUCAUUUUAGUAAUGCAUUUAAGCUAAUACCCAAGUUUGCAUUUUUUUAUUUUAUUUUUUUUAAGAAAACAAAAACACCUAAAAAAAACAAACAUUUCAGGAAAAUUCAAGUAUCAUUUGAAAUGAGUGUAAAAUUUUAGAGUCAUGUGCUGCAAAAAAACACUUGAAGAAAUUGUCCUUCGAAAAGUCUAGAGGCACACUGUCUUCGUGGCCUCCUUUGACCUCAUUGGAGUCAUAGCAUAACUUCAGUGUGCCUCAGAGUUUUUUUUAAGAGUUGCAGUUUUCAUUUUUACGCACGCAGCCACCCUCUCAAGAAAAAAGAACCAAAAUGUCUAAAUUGUUUGGUAAAACUAGAAAAAAGGAGGAGGUUGUGUUUACACUUACACUGUCAGAUGUAAAACCACGUUGUGUACUUUCACGUCUCGUAUGAAGCUGCAGGAAUUAAGUUCUGAACAAUGAAAAUAACCAAGCAGUUUUUGUAGUUUUGGUUCCCUUUUCCUUCAGUUCUUUCUGUCUUUCAAAGAUUUUUCCAACAAUAUUGAUAGGACAACUGUAUGGCAUGAAUCCUCAUCACAGAGACCAGGGCCAUGGAGUAUUAGCAGCCUCAGAGUAGUUCUUUACGUCUGGGGGUUCCACGUUUCCUCAAAAUUAAUCAAAAUGGUGUUCAGUUGUUGAGAUGCUUAAUAAACGCUUAAUAAAGGGUGUCCUAAAUGUUUGUUGAAAAUAUGUCAGCUCUGUAGCUCCUCGUGACCUGAGUAUUUAAAGGUGAAGGAUCUUCUAUAUGAUUCAUUAGAUUUUUCAUGUUGGCUACCCCGAGGAAGUAAAGAAGUGUAUCACUCUAGACAUUUUAUACAGAUGUCACCUGGCCAGAUUAAGAAAAAUAUUUCUCUAUUUGUUUUUAUUUUUUCCAUCAGCAAGCAGUUAAUUCCUUCUUCUGUUAAUCUGCUGUCUCUCUGGCUCCACAGCGGGUUCUGGCUCCAAAGCGGCAUCUCUGCACUGGACAGCAGAGCGAGUACUGAGCAUCUUGCUGCUGGCCAUGGGACCAGUGGCGUAUUUUAAUCCCUCUCCUGUCAUAGAUUACUCAUUGGCUGCCGCCCUGACCCUGCACGGACACUGGUAAGACUGGCAAACGUUAAUCCAAACCCUCUUCAAAUCACUUCUUGAUAUGAAAGUUUUAUCAACACCAAAAUAAAGGUCUCUCAUGCGUACCUGUUUCCCAGUUAGAAACCAUCGACCUUUGAUUAUCCCUACUUUCUUUGGACUCCUUUAUAUCAGGGUACAUUUUUGAUCUGUUUUGUCAGUAUCUUAAAAAACAAACCAAAAAAAAAAAACACAAACAUUUGAGAUAGGUUACUGUGGCCUCUAAAAAGAGUGUUUGGCCAUAUUUCAAAAAGACAAACAAACGUUGUGACACAGUAUCACACAAAUGUCUUCAAAAGGGUAAACUUUCUGAUCUAUCAAGGCUGUAGUGGAGUUGAUGUGACUCUCGUUGGGAAAUGCACGAGUCUGUUUUGAGUAGCUUUCACAAACCUAAAUUGAAACAAAAACAAGCAGCUGACUAAUUCCAUUACAGGGUCAGCAGAGCAGAGGCAGAGAUAGAUAGAUCAGCGUCUGGUUGUCAUCACCACAAGGUGUUUUACCCCGGGAACAAGGGACCUUAUAACGAACUUUGUAUCUUUCGACCUCAGGAAUCAGGGUCUAAAUUUAGUUCUGGGGUAAAAGAUCGACCCUUUAAAAAGUCCCUGUUUCGGAGGUAGUACUUUCCAAUAGCCCAGGGACUUAAGGAGGCGGGGCCUGACGAUGCCAUUUUGCAUAACAAACACAGGUUGUUAAUCUACACAUACACACACUUGUGUGCGCACACACACACACAAGGAGGAAGGACGAGGGAUUCUAAAUUAUAUCCUACACAACCUCAUGUUAUCUGAUCAAUAGGAAAGAGGAUUAGGGCCACUGAAAAUAUAUAUAUAUAUAUUAUUCAGAGAAAAAUCGUCAGAACUCUGACUUUUUUCUCAGAAUAAUCAUUUAAAAAAAUUAUAUUGGGCCUUUUUUUUUUUUUUCCAGUGGCCCUAAUCCUCUUCCGUAGAUGAAUCAAACAGUGCUUUAACAUAGACUCUGACUCUGUUCACGUACCUUUUUUUCAUCCCAGUGGAUGCUGUUAGGCUUUUGACAGUUUCAGGGGUUGGUCUUAGUAGGAAACAGUCUUGUUUAUAUUAUAAACUGGUGUACAACUUAUACUCAAGUGCCAGUAUCUCCAGUAACCUGAUGCUGUUUAAUAAUCAAAUACAGUAUAGCUUCUGCCUUCGAGGUUUGCAACAGCUUUAAAAAAACAUUAGCAGAGAUUUUUCCCUGGUUGUCAUUAGUCUGAUUUACUUAAUUUGUCCCAGUGUCCCAGUGGAAACACAGAUAACCAUAGGCCACAGGAUCCAUUUAGUUUCUUCGAGAGAAGUCCCUGACACUAAAAACUCUGUACCUUUGGUCCAAAAGUACCUUCAGUCACUCACUUCUUCUCACUUGCAUAGUCAGACUCCAGCAGACUUGUGUAGGAAGACUUUCAGCAUUAUCUCAGGCACUCUUUACGUGUAUGUGGUCGUAAUCAUGAACAAGUCUGGGAGGAUGAGGAACUUUCCCUUAUUAAAAUGUUUUGAAGUACUUAAAAAUGUGAUCGAUAAUGAGAAAAAUCUGAUUUCAAAAUUUUUUUGAAAUGGAGUGGAGGGCAUAUUGCCCACCACUAGCAGACUACUAGUUUAAAAGUGUGUCAUUUGUACGAACUGUGGAGGUAUCUGGAUUUUAACGAAUCACUGUUAAAGGGGACCUGCCAUAAAAAUGUAAUUUUUGGGUUUUUUUGUGUCAGAUAAGGUCCAUAUUAUGUUAGUCUUAUGUUGUAAAUGUGAAAACAAACCGUUAUGUCGUUUGCAUUCUGUAAAGGUUUAAAAUAAAGCAACGAGUAAACUGGGCCAAUUGAAAAAGCAGGUCCAUGUUACGUUGCGUUGACGUUGCUCAUUAUAAUUCACGACCGCGUCCUCGGUGAGCCGCGCCCACUCUCUCGUUCCCGUACUCAGUCACAGCCAGAGCGAGACCCAGCUACCACUGUAUACGCUAUGGGUCUCUUCCAAACGACCGGUGUUUCCUUCGGUUCACUGCCGGGAAAAUGAAUUUAAAGCUGGGCAGAAUGAAUGAGAAAACACCGCUGGAGAUCUCCGGCUUCUUCCUCAACUUCCACCUCCUCUUCGGACUCGGGGUCUAAAAUAUAUGGUUUAAUACCUGCCGUUUUUAGCAUUUAGCAUAAGGUGACCAGACGUCCCCGAUUUCCGGGGACAGUCCCCGUAUUGGAUGACCUGUCCCCGCCAAAAGCUGUCGCCGAAAAUGUCCCCGAUUUAAGCGUUUCAUGAAUGAGAGCAAAAAUGUUGCGUGUGGGCUCGAACAACGGUUAUUACAGUAGCCGAAUAGGUAGGAAGCACAAGUUAGCAGUCCUGAACAACAGGUCUUACGGGGGUUAUUACAAGGGGCAUGCGCUGCUACUAAAUAGUACCGAGACUUUGUCUGUGAUCACACAGCCCCUGCACCGCCGCACCGAAUAUCCCCGGAUAUUAUUACAGACAUUCUGGGCACCUUACUUUAGCACACAUUAGCGUAUGCUAUUAGCAUUAGCAUAAUAACAAUGGAUAAACCGAAAUCCGAACCUCCACUGCUGAGCCAAUCAGAGCACAGCAGGCUUCACAGCAGCGAUCCAAUCAGAGCAAAGCUCAUUACCAUAAAUGUUAAUGAGCUAAAACCAGUUGGUUUUCCUGUAAGGUUUUUUAGGCAUACUAAAACAAACCAUCAAAUAACUUUUCAGAUAAAAUUAUGUUGCAAACAUGAUCAGAGGACAUCAAGGAUUAUGAAAAAAUGAUAAAAAUGGGUAUGAAAUUUUGGUGGCAGGUCCCCUUUAAGAUUUCCUAACUUCAUGGAAUGCAUCAGAAAUGAUCAGUUUGACCUCCAUUCAUCAAACUCAUAUUGUAAGUUAUUUCAUCUCCACUAGGGUACAGACCUGACAAAUUUGAAUUCUUUAUUUUGAAAACACAGAGUGAAACCUCUGUGUAAUUCUGGGAGACCAAGGCCCACCAGAAAUGACUGCACAGGGGCGUCUGUGGGGGUUUUCCAUGAAUCAAAAGGUGACGGCAUUUAUUUUGCAGACAUGUAUGUAUGGGUGGAUUUGUUUUCGAUCUAAACACACACAGUCCCUUCUCAGGUUGCUGACUGGGCUAUAAACAGAACAGAGCACGUAAAAAGUAACCUUGGCUGGCAGUAGUUUAUCACACACAGGGAGGUCAUCGUUCCCAGAGGUAUAUAUUGUCUGAAUAUGAGAGCUGAUAGGACCUGAGAUCAGAUAAAUGACAGUGAAGCAUGCGUCCCAGCCAGGCUCCUCUCCCCCAGCACAAAGAUUUAGUUUGUUCACUGACCCUGAUGAGACAAAAGGCAAACUUUGAGACAUGGUGGUUCAGUGUGUGUGUGUGUGAGGGGGGGGGGGGGGGGUAAUCUAAGUCAUCUCGCCAUCGCUGUCAGCAGAUAUUCAAUCAGGCCCGGUCAGUUCUGGCUCUGUUUGCAGACUUCAGAGGGUGGCUUUAGCUUAGCGUCACGGCGGCGUGUCCUCCCAUCAGUCAGAGCGUAGACUGAACAUCAUGGCAGGUGUAGGCCACAAAUCCCAGUCAUGGGUAGAGAUAAGUCUGGUUAAGCAACAGCUCUCAGAGCAGGUAUGAAUCUCAAAGGGUCAAGCCGUGUCCCGUCCGGCCAAAACCACUUAGGUGAAUUCUCCAGUGUGGUUUGGCGUCGGCACAGCCUACAGUUGGAGCAUGAGUCGUUUGGACAGCUUCCUCCCCUCAGCUGGUACUUUGGAUAAAUGAAGUCUACUUAAUGGGAUUUUAUUUUUCUUGGGAAUGUUGGAGCUGAAUGCACACUUGAUGAACAUGGCGCCAGUAAAGCGAAUAGAAACCCAAAUCCUGCAUAGUACGCUGAUUAUGCAUCAUAGGCUCUUAUGUACAGGCACCUAAAAGUCUUACAGAUGACUGUAAAGUUUCACAAAAUUAUUUGAUCAAUGAUGUUUCACCAUGUUGAAGCAUUGAACAAAGCUCAUCAUAAACACCUUCCAAAGUGAUGGUGUUCUGCUACUUGUACUGAUUUGAUACGGUUGCUUCAGAUGCUUUGAUUUGAUUCCUUGUUUUUCUUGUCUCUCAGGGGUAUCGGGCAAGUGCUAACAGAUUACGUCCACGGGGACAAAAAGAUCAAGAUGGCAAACAGGAGCCUCUUCCUCGUCUCCACCAUCACCUUCGCCGGUCUUUGCUACUUCAACUACAACGACGUGGGCAUCUGCAAAGCCAUUGCCCUGCUGUGGAGCAAAUAAACUUAACUGUGGACUGGGAAAAGUUGGGAGGACCUAGACAACUGGGACAGAAGUGGUCUGGUCCUGGCUGAUUGUAAAAAUUCAAGGUGUUCUAUGUAAAUUCUUAUAAAUAUAUCAUUUUGACAAUAUUACAAGCGAUUCACAAGAGUGUAAUUAAUGUCAACCAAUUUAGGCAUGUCUAUGUGGUAAAUUCCUUCUCAGUCUAGUUAAGACAUGUUCAGAAACAAGCGUCCAUUUUUCUACAAUCACAGAGGAGAUCAGCUUCUGUGUGGGUUCAGACUCCACUCAGUUCAAGCUUUGUUUCCUCUUUAAUUCUGUUCCUUAGCUCGUCCAUUCAUUUAGACAUUUCUGACCAAUUCUACAAACAGAUAAACAUAUUUGCAGGGGAAAUCCAUGUUUUCGACAAAACAGCUUCAGCUUCUUUGAAAGAAGUCACCUGACAGCUAAUUUAUUGUUUUCUUGUCGCAGAUUUGUUUAAUGUUUUGAUUCACAACAUGUACAUACUAUCUUUUGCUCUUAAACCCAUGAGGAAGAACGGGACGGCACCGCACCGCAGAGUAGAGCAGUUUUUUAUUUGAACACACUAACCCACAUAGAAAAUAAGGCACUUCGGAGGUCACUUCGGUUUGUUGUCGUUACCCAUAACAUGAAGGUUUCUACUUAAAGACUGACGGGUGCAAACACUGACUGAAGUGUUAUAAAAGUUGGACGUCAGUUGUGGUUUGGGGUUUGUGCAGAGCGGCAGGUGUUCAGAGUGGAACAUGUGCAUGGACUGACCUGUUUAAUCAGCAGUUCAUUUAAAAAGGGUCAUUGCACAAAUCAAUGUUAUUAGUGCCAACAUUCUCGUGUAAUAGACUCCCACUUUGACCACUGUCUUAUCUGUGUUGUGUCACAUUUGACUGAAAAAUGCUUCCAGAGGAUAAUUAAAAACAGGAAAUGUGAUCUUGACUUGUGUCGAUAUCUAAAUAUUUGUGUUUGUUUUUAUUCUUGAGGGUCGCCAAAUGAAUUUCAGCUCUAUCUGGCAGCUCAAAUAUUGUGAGGAAUAUUUCCGCAAAUUUGUUAUUGGCUGUUGGUGAGUACAGUACUUGAGAUUACACCAGUAGUUUACAAAGUCGAUUCGAAAAACUACAGCUGCCUCCAAAAGCUUCAGUUUAAGAGCAAAGAAGAACCGAUUGUUGGAAAUUAAAGCGAGUAAUGCAUCAGUAAUGUUUGAAUAAAGCUGGUUUAAAACUCAGGAGAAACCCUUGCACUCUUGGAUAAAACAAGACAGUCUUCAGUUGAGUGUUAUUCUUUUUUAGGGUCAUUUUUCAGUCCAGUGUAAAACAGUACAUAUUUAUUAGAGUGGGACAUGCAAUGAUCCUUUCUUUUCACCUUCGAAAUCCAUAUAGAAAUCUGCCUGCUCUGCUGUAGACUAAGUCAUAGUGAAUCAUAUGUGAGUCAUCGUGUACACACACCAGCUAUAGGAGUCUAACAGGAAACUGUGUAUACUAGAGCAGGGUCUGCGGCAAAAUACCACCCUGUGCUCGAUAACCACACUCACAACAGUGAAAUAAAGGUGUGUGACAAACUGGGUCAUGCUGUACAUCAUAUUUGACCUACAAACUGCUUCCACUGUGAGAGUGCAAACUGCUUAUUUAAACAAAAAUGCACAUUUGGUUUGAAACUUAGAAAUUUCUGUAAGUUUUUCUCAAGUUUACAAAAGUUUCAUUGAUAAACACAAACUUAAUGUGCAGUCUUUGUGCUUAAAAGACGAAUAUAUGGCUUCUGAUGCUGCCAUGCUUUAGUGGAAUAUUCAUCUGGCAUAGCUACUUCACACAAUCCUUGCAUGCAGCUAAUGAUGAGGGCAAGUAUGAGUGUUGCAGGUUGAUUUAAAAUUCUACCUGUUGUCAUUUUGUCGUUUGCUUUCCUCUGCAUCAGUUAUCACUGUAAUAUCUGUUCAAUUGUGUCUCCUCAGAUUAUACGCACAAAAUGAGAUCUGGAAAGAUGUUCUGUUCCUGCCUCGGUAGAAUAAAGUUGGCUUUACUGAUUUUUUUCACUUUUUGAAUUUUAUUGCCAAACAUAAUACAGAAAAGUACAAAAGAUACAUGGUUAAAAAAAAGAAGGUUUUCAAAGUACUUUGAUAAAAUUGUAACACGACUAUAAAAAAAACGGAAAGUCUGAAUAAUGAUUUUAAACAAUAUAUAUAUAAAAAAAAGACACCCAAAGAAAUGUAUAGCUUAAUACAUACACGGAAAUGAUUAUAUAUUUUAAAAUGAGUUUUAAAAUCUGGUGUACAUACAUAAAAGAUCUCUUCAUUUAAUCAUUAUCUCAAUAAUCAACAUCUUACAUUAUCAUAAUGAAUAUGCUUCAUUAAGUGACAAUGAACAAUCUUGUAUGUACUGAGAACUUUUAGGUUAGCCAGACACAAAGAAACGGAGAGGUUCAGUAAUGAGUAUUCAGUGGUAUUGAUCAGAACAGACCUGGUGGAAUUGAGUUUAUAAUCACCUAAGAGGAGAGUUUAGCUUGCUCUGAAACAGACUGAAAUGAUACUGGUGUCUCUUUGUAAUCUUCGAAGCUGUCUACAUAAAGGCUGACGACUUCCAUUUGUUUGUUCUGACUGUCAGAAAACUCUGACACGAAUUAACUGCCAGAACCAGCUUUUUUUUUCCAUCUUCAUUAUGAGAGAGUGAGGGUGUUGAAGCAGGAUAACAUGAUUCAUGUAGAAAACAACACUUGUACAACAGAGCAUGACAGCAUGGAAGUUUCUUAUAAGAAGUUUCCCUUGAACUAAGCCAGUCAAAUUAACAUAUCUAAUUAGGGUACAGUCAAAAAAGACCCAACCUGUGAUCAUAUCUGAUCUUUUUAUGGCAGUGUAAACAGCACAAGUCGAAUUGAAUCCAAUCUUCUUUAAUCAGAAUUAAUUGAGCCACUUUGGAUCGAAUCUUUUGCAAUGUGACUGAAGUCUGCUAUCUGUGACUGCAAACACUUCACAAAGCAGGGUAAAUUACUUAAAUCAUGUCUAGUGUCAGUUUCAUAUUUACUGUAUGUAUAUUUUUUCAUGACCACUUUGUGUCUCCUUUCUGUGUCUCCUUUCUUACAAACUGUCGCCUGAUUAAAGUUCAUGUGAGAAAUGUUGCUAAUAAAAGUACAUUUUGCAUGCAGGUCAGGAACAUUUAAUUUUUAGUCAUUUUUCUGCAAAUACAGACCUAUAACUUCUACAUGUCAGAAGCCUCUUAUUCAGCUUCUGACAUGUACUAAGUAGGGAUUUUUUGCAUGUAGAGUACAGUGAUGACGCUUUCAAGAGUCCUCUGGUAGGAAACUGCUCUAAAAUAAUGAAAGACGGUAUUAUGAAAUCAUUAUUGGGAAAAGGAAAACUCACAACUCUCAUCCAUCCCAUCAUGACUAAGGACCAGUUUGUGCAGAGAAGAGUCAUUUCCAUCAGACUCCAAUGCCAAGAACCAGGAUGGAAACAGAGUCGACUCAAAUAUGUGCUUGUCACUAGUUGAUGGCAGCCUCUUCAUGUAGAACACGGCUUUAUGUGUAUUUUCUUUUAUUUCUUUUGGUAGGUCCUGUUGAAAAUGAAUGAGCUAUUAUUGCCUGUGUCUCAUUGCUUGACAGUUGACAGGUUAAGCAGAAAAGGUCUAGCAGGAGCACUUAGAGACGUCACAAGUCUCAGCAGCUGUAAGGCAUUUCUUCUUACUCACCAGAGCCUCAGAAUACACAUCAUGCUUCUCGCUGCAGCAGGCCAUCAUCUUCUCUCCAUCUUUGAGGACAUACAGCAUGACGGCCCUCCCCUGUUUUCGUAUCAGGCUGGAGUCGUUGUAAUACUGGAUGUGAAAUUUGCACUCUAAAAGGAAAGUUGGAGUUAAAUGCCGCCUGUGGCAGAUUGACAGAGGUAACUUACAAACAUGUACUCUGAUCUUUUCCAACAAGAUGUAUCAAUCCAACUCACACCCCGACUUCUUUAAAAGUAUUCAUUCUUUGUGCGUUUGUUGUAAUAAAUCCCAUGGCCAAGUUUUAAGGUUUUUUUCUGUUGCUUUUAAUAGGUCAUCGUGGGAGUAGUUAGCCCCUUGGGACUGCCUUAGGGUGGAGCGUCACAAUCCUUCCUUUCAUGCUUACCUCUUUUAAACCUCUCUGCAUCUGUCAAGACUCUGACACCUAAACUUCCUUAAUAUUUGUAUUUGUCUACACUGAACCCACUAACAGUGGUGUUGCAGAAAAGUUGGUAUCAUUUCUUAUCACUCUGUUGAUUUAAAAAGUGUUGCAUCAACCAAAUUUGGUGGAGAAAAGAUGCCUGCGAGACCAUGACUAACUUGGCACAAUUUGGGCAGCAGGCGGCACUACAGCAUCAUUGCUUCACUCUGAAGGAAAGAAUCUGACUUAGUCCUAUCUUUGAUAAAACACAAGGAUGAUUUUUUUACACAUCAAACUUAAAGAGAUAUUCCAGCGUAAAAUUAAUCUGGGGUCAAACACACCGUAACACCGAGUUAGACAUCCCCUCUGGAGAUGAAUGUUGCCGACUGCUUACUUCUCUAGUUAUACCAACUUAAGUAACAACUGCACGAUAGCAAUACACAGCGGUCUGAGGAGCCAUAAACAAACCUCAAACCAAAACGCCACUCUA